AUGGCCGGAGGCCGCCAGCGCCGCCGCCGACGCCUCGGCCGAAAGGCGAAGGCCGCCGAAUCCUCGUCCCUAGCACCUGGCACUCUCAGUCCCAGGGAAGUUGCAGUUGUGAAGAUGUCCUCUGACAAAGCCUGUCACGCCUCUGGCCCUAGUUUCUCAUCCUCGCCUGGACCUAACGUUUGGGCAGAUCUCGUGGACAGCUUGCUUCACGAAAUCAUUCUUCUCUUUGGCUCAUUCCAUGACUUCAUUGGUUUCGUUGGAACCUGCCGUUCUUGGCAUCAUGCGGUCUCUUCCUUCGCAUCUGUAUAUACGUUCAGCUUCCCACCUCUCCACCUCAAGCCAGGUGUUUGUUUCUCUCCUCGGCAACAUAAUGGUCGUGCUCAGUACAUGCUUUUAUCUGAUUGCAAAUGGAAAAUUAGUGAUCCUGCCAAGAGAGACCUUACCCUUCAAUGUUCAGUGCCCCAAAGUACUCAUAAUCAGAUGCUCUAUAUGGGCUCCUCAUGUGGGUAUCUUAUUUUCUUUCAUCAGGGCCACAGCCUUCUUGUCAAUGUGUACACUGGCACUGAGGUGAAGCCUCCCAUACUCCCGUAUAAAAGCCAAUUAUCAAUCUACUGUGGCACCCUCAUGGCUCCACACAAUUCAUCUAACUUGCACCUACUUCUUUUCACAAAAGGAACCAUGUACCAGUGGCAGAUUGGAACAGACUCUUGGUCAGAGCAGCGUCUUGGUCUUGAUGGUGAAUGUUUCGAGCAGAUCGUGUUUUUCAAAGGUGACAUGUUUGCCGUAGACAUUCUUGCGAGUGUCUUCAUCAUACACUUUGGACCUCAGCUCAGCACGCAGAGGGUACAAGUUGAGUGGAACAUGGCUAUAAUAGGUUGUGUGGUACGGCCGUGGUUGGUGGUCUGUGGUGACAUGAUUCUCGUUGUUUCCUUCCCGCUGAAUUUUGGCCAAUCGAAAGGCAUGUCUGACCUGUCUGGCACCUUUCAUGUCUUCCGCUUCGACCUUUCAGUUCAACCAGCUCAAUUGGUGGAGAUGGAGAAGUUGGAAAAUCAUGCUCUUUUCAUUAGCCUAGAUAGGAGGAAUCCCACAUUUUCUUGCUGGAGACCUGAAAGAUGGGGAGGAAAAAGUAACUGCAUUUACGUUGCAAGGCAACUUGAAGAUUCCGAUGAACCUUGGACUGCAGUUGAACUUGGUCAGCCAGUGCACGAAAAACCGAGUGGAUCCAAUUUGGUUCUCCACAUUAUCCGCCAGAAUUCAGUGUCCAUUGCAGGUCGUCAUCCAGCGGUCGAGUCUCAACCGGCGGCGGAUGGAAGAACCAAUCGUCUGCAACGGCGAAAGCCCGUGCUGCGGGUGGAGAGAUUAGAGAUAGACACCAUAAGUGGUGGGCAGGGCGGCUGUGAGCGGCAGGGCCGGCGGCUGCGAGCGACGGGGCCGGCGGUAGCGACCGGCGGCGGCUGUGAGCGAUGCAGCCGGCGGCUGCAAGCGGCGGCGGCUGUGAGCGACGGGGCCGACGGCUGCGAGCGGCGAGGUCGGCGGCUGCGAGCUGCGAGAAGCAACUCUACAAGCCCAAAAGAAGUCGCCCUUAUUACUGGCCAGCAGCCGCAGGCGAUUCUUAGGUCGGCACUUGCGAACGAACAAACGGUGCUCAACCGUGGCAGCUCGCCCGCCUAUGCUCUACGCCGCCGGUUUACCUCUACAGAGGCUUCUGCUGCCAACGCACCAAAAAUCAGCACCGAGCAUCCUUCUGUUUCAUCAGGGGAUAGCCGUCUAACAGCAGCUCACCAGAAGAAAGUGGAGCUCUUCUAUAUGCUCGCUGAGAUACAAAAGGAUAAUAGUAUUUCUUACGCAAGAAGAUUGAAAGACAGGCUGGUGCUCCAGCGUCUUACCUCGCUUAUCGACAUACCUAAUAACGCUGACUGUUGGAAAAAUGGGGUGAUUUUCAUCACUGGAGAAAGCAGGUUCAGGGACCAGACAGUAACAGCAAAGCAAACAGUGAAGAAUAGUUGA